AUGUUGUUCAAGGCUUUCUCUCUCAACCUGCUCCUGACCCUCGGGUCUGUGGCCGCCUCGUCCCUCAGCGAGCGCGACACCUCCUCUCUAGAGGCUCGUGUCACCUGCGGCCAGAACACUCUGAAGAUUGGCGGCAAGUGUUACUGCAAGUCCAUCGUCUUCAAGAUGGACGGCAACGGCGACUGCGGCUGCGACACUGGCUACAAGGUGUCCGGCCUUCUCUGUAUCGCCGACUGCCCUUCCAGCGCCUACGUGAACUGGAAGAACCAGUGCGCUUGCCGCAAGAGCUACCUCAAGUUCAAGGGUGGCGACUGCAAGUGUGACCAGGACAGCCAGACCGACGACGGCUCCAAGUGUACCGACAUCUGCCCCGGCCCUCACAACAACUGGGUCAGCGGCACCACCUGCUCUUGCGAUACCGACUUCAUCCCUGCUACUUCUCCCGCUACCGGCUGUGUCCGCGACUGCUCCAACGGUGCUACUCCCAACGGCGAUUCCACUGCUUGCGUGUGCACCGGCGACCACUUUGUCCUGAAGGCCAACGGCAAGGAGUGCGAGUGUGAACCCGACUACAUCCCUGGUACCGGCAACGACGAGGGCAAGUGUGUCCCUAAGUGUAUCAACGGCGCUACCCCCCUGGGUGACCACUCUGGCUGCCAGUGUGAGGCCUCUCACUUCAAGCUUACUGCCAACGGCCGAGAGUGCGAGUGCGAGGAUGACUACAUCCCUGGUACCGGCAACGACGCUGACAAGUGUGUCGCCAAGUGCUUCAACGGUGCUACCCCCCUGGGUGACCACUCUGGCUGCCAGUGUGAGGCCUCUCACUUCAAGCUUACUGCCAACGGCCGAGAGUGCGAGUGCGAGGAUGACUACGUUCCUGGCACUGGCAACGAUGCUGACAAGUGUGUCCCUCGAUGCUCCAACGGCGCUACUCCCCUGGCCGACCACUCUGGCUGCAAGUGUGACGAUGUCAACGCCCACCUUGUCAACAACGACCGCGAGUGUGCCUGCAACACCAAGUACUCCCUCGGUAGCGGCAGCCAGGCCAACACCUGUAUCCCCGACUGCUCCAACGGUGCUACUCCCAACGCUGGCCUCACUGGCUGCGAGUGCAAUGGCGCCAACAUGCAGCUCACUGCCAACGAGCAGGAGUGCGAGUGCAAGACUCACUUCAAGCCCGGAACCAACGCUGAUGCUGGCUCUUGCGUCCCUGACUGCGGCACUGCUACUGCCAAGACCGACAACUCUGGCUGCGAAUGCCUCCAGCCCCACUUCCAGCUCAAGGAGAACCAGGUUGACUGCGAGUGCACUGCUCCCUUCGUUCCCGGUACCGGCUCCAACUCUGACAAGUGUGUCCCUGUCUGCGUUGGUAUUGCUACUCUGAAGACCGACGGAAGCGCCUGCCAGUGCCCUAGCCACGCCCACCUGAAGACUGGCAACGUUGAGUGCGAGUGUGAUACCAACUACAAGCCCACCACCAAGCCCGCCAAGCAACCUGCCUGCAUCUACGACUGCGGCUCCGCCAAGCUGAACCCUACCUUCGAUGGCUGCAUCUGCGACAAGCCCAACACUGAGUUCAAGGACGCUGCCACUGGCUGCGGCUGCAAGGCUGGCUACACUGGUCUCUCCCGAUUCGGCUGUGUCUCUGACUGCGGCACCACCGACGCCAAGUGGAACAGCGCCAAGUCUGCCUGCAUCUGCAACGUCAAGGCCUACACCUACACUCCUGCCAGCGGCUCCGCUAGCGCCAGCUGCGCUUGCGCCAAGUCCACUGAUGUUUACGAGGAGGGUGACGGUAUCUGCCACGAGUCCUGCGGCAACGAUGCCGACUGGAACAAGAAGGCCCGUGCCUGCAUCUGCCGCAAGAAGGGCAUGCAGUUCAACAACGGUGCUUGUGCUUGCCCCAAGCCCGAUGAGCAGAAGUGGAACGGUUCCAAGUGUGUCCCCGACUGCGGUGACGACGCCCAGUACGACAACAAGCAGGCUCGCUGCGUCUGCCUCAAGCGUGGCCAGAAGUGGGCCAACAAGGUCUGCUCUUGCGAUGCUGGCUUCACCUGGAAGAACCAGAACAAGGGCUGCGUCGCCAACCCUUCUUAA